CAUCAGUGAAUUGCGUUUCAUCUCCGACAGGGAAACACGAACGGAUCGUACUUACGGCACAGGAGAAGAAUUUUAAACAGGGUAAGAGGGAAAGGUCAUAACAAAAUGAAGGUAGUUCUAAUCCUUUUGGGAGCGUUUUGCUUAGCAAACGCUAGCCAAGUCUAUACCGCCGACCAAUCAUACCUAAUCAAACAGAAGAAUAUUUACGAGUUAUUUUGGCACGUCGAUCAGCCGACGAUUUAUUACCCAGAACUUUACGAAAAGGCUCGUUCGUUCAGCGUUGAGGAUCACAUCAAUUCCUACACAGACAAGACUGUAGUGACCGAAUUUCUCCGACGCUGGAAACAUGGAAUGUUGCCACGAGGCCAAGUUUUCUCUGUCAUGUAUCCUCACCUUCAUGAAGAAGCAGUUUGUUUGUUCAACCUCUUAUAUUCUGCUAAGGACUUUGACACCUUCUAUAACACUGCAGUAUGGGCACGAUUCAAUAUGAACGAGCAUAUGUUUAUUUAUGCUCUUAGCGUUGCCGUUCUUCAUCGUAGCGAUACACAAUACGUUCGUCUUCCACCUCUAUACGAAGUCGUACCAAAUUUAUUCUUCAACGAAGAUGUCUUAUAUAAGGCGCACCAUCUUGGAAUGGGUGAUACUAAUCUAAAGAAGACUGAAAAUGGUGUUAAUCUUUACGUGAUUCGCAGUAACUAUUCUAAUUGGUAUUUAGUAAGGAACAAUCUACCAGAACAAAAGCUGAGCUAUUUCACCGAAGAUGUUGGUCUUGGACAAUUCUAUUUCAUGAUUAAUCACGAUUUUCCUUACUGGAUGAACAGCGUUCAAUAUAAAUUACCUACCAAUGUCCGAGGUGAAAUGUACUUGUUCGAACACAAACAAUUAUUACUCCGUUACUAUUUGGAAAGAUUAUCGAAUGAUAUGGGCGAAGUUGACUACGUUGAUUUUCACCAACCAAUUGUUACUGGAUACUACCCAAGAAUGCAGCAUCGCAACGGAAUGCAAUUCCCUCAGCGUGAAACCGAUGCUGUGGUACCACUUCACAUGCAUAAAUAUGUACAGGAAGCUGAACAUCUCGAAAGUCGCAUUGCCGAUGCCAUUGAUUCUGGUUUCGUUGAAGAUGUUAAUCAUCAACACAUAAAUAUCUAUACUCAGGAAGGUCUCAAUGUUCUCGGUAACAUCAUUCAAGGAAACGCUGAUGCAGUAAAUCCAAAAUACUAUGGACAAUACGACGUCCUUUGUAAGAAGAUCUUCGGAUUUAGUGUGCAACCCAAUACCAAAUACCAAAUUGCUCCUAGUGCAUUAGAAAUCUUCAGUUCAAGUACAAGAGACCCUGUCUUGUAUAGCAUAUAUAAGAACGUCGUCACCUACUUAUUAAAUUACAAGAAGCAUAUGCCUAGCUAUACACAAGAAGAACUUAGUUUCCCAGGUGUCGUGAUUGAAUCUGUUGCCGUAGAUAAAUUAAUGACAUUCUUUGAUCACUUCGAAUCCAUGCUCAACAAUGCUAUUUCUAUACAAAAUCACAAAGAUGCCCAAUCCAUGUUGAUCAAGGCACGUCAAUAUCGUCUCAACCAUAAGCCUUUCACUUAUCAUAUUACCGUAAACAGCGAAAAGGUCGUUAAAGCUAUGGUGCGUGUGUUCCUUGGACCCAAAUAUGAUGUAUAUGGCCACGAAUUGGAUAUCAGCGAGAAUUACAUGAACUUCAUGGAAUUGGACCAAUGGAUGGUCGACCUCAAAGUUGGUACCAAUAAGAUCGAACGCAACAGUCACGAAUCGAUCUAUGUUGUUUCCGAUGACGUUCCUAGUGAUGUUUACUAUAAGAAAAUAGUGAAUGCCAUGGAUGGUUUGGAACCAUUAACUUACACCACGAAACUUUACGGAUUCCCAGACCGUCUAAUGCUUCCUAAGGGCAAGAAAGAAGGCAUGCCAUUUAAACUUUUCGUACACGUCGCGCCAGUUGACGAAACCAAAUCCUUCAAGGUUAACACACCAAUUUGGGGAACUUCUACCAUGGAUGGACGCCCGAUGGGUUUCCCACUGGACAAACCAGUUCAAGCGUACAACUUUACUUUAUCUAAUCUUCACUUCAAGGAUGUCUUUAUCUUCCAUAAGCAAUUCGAUGAAAUGAACGUUACCCUCAAAUCGACCAUGUACAGGAACUUGGCAGUUUUGGCCAUUCUGGCCUUCUGCCUUGCCUCCGCUGAAUAUUAUACUGUUCGAACGGCUGACCAAAACUUUUUAUUAAAACAAAAGAAGAUAUACAAUCUCUUGUAUCACGUUUCUCAGCCGAGCAUCGUCAACCCUGCGUUAUAUGCCGAGGGUCAACAAUAUAAUAUUGAAGCAAACAUCGAUUCCUACACCAAUAAAGACGCUGUAAAAGAGUUCCUGUAUUUAUACAAGUAUGGAAUGUUAGCACGAGGCGAUGUUUUUUCCAUCUACUAUCCUAAACUUCUUAAAGAAUCGGUGGCUCUGUUCCAUUUGUUUUAUUAUGCCAAAGAUUUCGAUGUCUUUUACAAAACAGCAUUAUGGGCUCGUAUUUAUGUAAACGAAGGUCAAUUCGUUUGUGCCCUUUAUAAUGCUGUUAUCAGUCGUCCAGAUACUCUCUACAUCCAACUUCCACCUCUCUACGAGAUAUAUCCCUAUGUCUUUUUCAAUUCUGAAGUUCUUAAAAAGGCAUACCAUGCGAAGAUUUACGGUAAACUAGAUACGCAAAAGUUAACUGGAUAUGACACUUACAUUAUCCCAGCAAAUUAUUCCGGCUGGUAUAUAACUUACGAACAUGAUCAAGAAUACAAAUUGAAUUACUUCACUGAAGAUAUUGGCUUGAACUUGUAUUACUUCUACUUCAGACAACAAUAUCCCUUCUGGCUGAAAAGCGAAGAAUAUCAAAUGCCAAAAUAUCGUGGAGAAGAAUAUUUGUACGGACACAAACAACUUAUGACACGUUACUACUUGGAACGUCUAUCGAACAAUCUUGGUAAAAUAGAAGAAUUCGACUGGUACAAAGAGUUCUAUCCUGGAUAUUAUCCAACUAUGACUUAUCACAAUGGCUUACCGUUCCCGCAACGUCCAUACUUGAGUAUGUUUCCGUACUACAAAUACAAAUAUAUCAAGGAUGUAUACGAAAUGGAAUCACGAAUUUCCAGUGCUAUCGAUUCCGGUCUUGUCGUCGAUAAGAACGCCAAAUUAGUCAAAAUUUAUUCUUCGGAUGGUCUUAAUGUUCUUGGUAAUAUAAUUGAAGGUAAUCAAGAUUCACAUAACUACGAUUUCUAUGGAAGUUUAGACUACUACGUUAGGAAGAUUUUUGGAUACAACGUUGAUCCUGCAACACCUUACCAAAUUGUACCAAGCGCUCUCGAGAGUUUUGCUACGUCUUUGAGAGAUCCCGCUUUCUAUCGGCUCUACAAGAAGAUUUGUAAUUAUUAUCACAGAUACAAAAUACGCCAAGAGCCUUAUACCAGGGAUAUGAUUGUUUUUCCAAGUCUCAAAGUUGAAUCUUUUGCUGUAGACAAAUUAAUUACUUACUUCGAUCAAUUCGAUACAUCCCUUAAUAACGGAUUGAUGGUCGAGAGCCAGCAAGAAGCUGAAAGCUAUAUUAUCAAAGCGAGACAAUAUCGUCUCAAUCACAAACCAUUCAAUUUCCACAUAACCAUUAAUUCCGAAAAAAGUAUCAAAGCAGCUAUUCGUAUUUUCUUAGGACCUAAAUACGACAUAUAUCGAAGAUUGCUCAAUUUCGAAGACAACUUGAAAUACUUUUAUGAGAUUGACAACUGGAUAAUCGAUCUGAAUGCUGGUAUAAAUAAGAUCGAUCGAAACAGCAAGGACUGUUUCUUCUUGUCUCCCGAUCCAGAACCUAGCGAAAUUUUCUACAAGAAGAUCGAAAGAUCUUUAAAUGGUUCUGAAACCUUGAAAUACAACGAAAGGCUUUAUGGAUUCCCGGAAAGAUUGCUUCUGCCUAAAGGAAGAAAAGAAGGUUUUCCGUUGUAUAUGUUCAUCUAUGUUAGCCCAGUAAUCAGCGAACCUCUUUUAUACACAUCUCGUAUCUUCGGUAAUUACAAAUUUGAUGAUAAACCAUUCGGAUUCCCCUUGGAUAAGCCAAUCAUCGAUUUUCAUUAUGAUGGACCUAACAUGUUACUAAAAGAUGUCUUCAUUUUCCAUAAGGAUGAAACUGAAAAUUUUAACGACAUAAUUGCUUGAUUUAUCAUUUACGUAAUUCAUUAACAAAAUGUUAAUUUUUGUUAAUGCAUCUAAUAAUUUCAUUUCUCACGGUAAAUAAAAUCUUUUUUUAUACAGCUGUAAAAAAAA